AUGCGUGAUAAGUCUAAGUGGACAAAGACGCCCAAGAAACGUGAUCUAGGGCUCACGCGGUUUGCAGCCAAGCCUUACGGACUUUGCCGUUCUAAUUUUCAUGAAUAUUGGGUUGAGUGCAAGUUUGAAGUCGAGUCUGUUGUCAGCAUGGUCACUGCUCAGAGGCUUGAUAUUGUUCAGCAGUUUGGUGGCGUUGCCAAGCCAAGACCGUUGUGA